AUGGCAUUUGGUCGAUCCAAGUAUCUGUGCCUGGUGCUGCAUUUUCUUCUUUGUCUAUCCUCUACAAUACAUGCCAUGACCGUUACUAUUCCUUACUAUACCUCUGACGGUGUUACUUCAAGUGGCCAACUACAGGUUGUAAAUACUCCCGACACAAUUGGUCUUGUAAAAACAUUUAAUUUCACCAAAAUAGGUCGUCCAUGGGUAGGCAGUGUGUCGUGGGAUGGUGCAGUGGUUACUCUUCUUGGGACACUAUCUAGUGACAAAAACAUACAAGUGUAUUCCUUUUCCAUUCCUUAUGGCGAUGAGAGAUCUCGUCGUUUUUCUGUCACUGCAAAAGCCACUCCAGCCAAUUCUACAGCGCAAAUUGAAUCUAGUAAUCAGGGUGUGGAAUACGAUAGACGAGUAUCGUUUGGUGCUGCUUUAGCAGACAGCGCAAUUACUCGCGUUGGUAGCGUUUCAUCCACCCAAGAACCUAGUGCAUCACAGACUGUGAGCUCUGCUUUGCCUGGAUCCUCCGCUACAGUUUCUUCCAGCAGUGAAACUGAAAACAACUCGGUGAACAAGCCUCAGCAGCAACAAUAUGGUAAUUCAAAUGGCAGCCAGCAACUUACUCUGCCACUUAUUGUUAUCAUUGCGUGCGCUGUAGGACUUGUAGUGGUUGUGCUUGGUGCUGUGAUGUGGCGUAACCACAAGCGACGCCAGCCAAAGCUUAAUCCCUCUCAAAAUUCCUAUGCCAAUCUAAAUGGCGUAGACUAUGCUGGAGCUGGCACCACUAUGAGUCAAGUCGAUUCUGAGAAAGCACUGGUUUUUGAGCGUGCGCCUAUUCCGCGACUUGCUCACAAGAGCAAUGGCGUCUCUCCGGCUUUUGCAUCUACUGGUCGUGUAACUACUUCCGAAGCAGCAAGAUCGACCAACAGUCCCAAUCCAUUUGAUGAGGACACUGACGAUCGCAACAGCGCAAUAGCAACAGCCAUAUUUGCUUUUGGGUCAAUUCCACCACCCAACUAUCCUCCGCCUUCUCACUUGGCUGGCCUCCGUAGCUCCUCCUUUUCCAGCCAUCCAAUAAGUUCACCACCUUCUUCUGCUCGUAGUCAUCAACUAUCUAUUGUCUCGCCACAGUUUGAAUUACCAGCCAUUGAUGAAACAAUACUAAAUCAGCCAUGGGAAUGGGGUCCUGAUCAAAACGCUGUAAUUGGCAAAGAGUUUGAUGACAACAAAAGUGCGAAUUCCAAGCGUGUUUAA